GGAUGUAACUUCUAAAAACAAGAAACCCAGCCCCAACCCUCUGACCUGCUUCGCUUCAGAGCCGCCUCCCUGCUCUUGGGCCCCGGGGGUCCAGGCGGGCUGCGCAGUAGGCAGAGCGCUGGCGCUGGCAGCAGAGAUCCUGAGUUUGAAUUGUGACCGUGCUACUUACUAGCUGGGUGAUCUCAGAGAGAAGAUGCCCGCAGUUCACGUCGAAGACCUGUCGGAGAAGGACAAGCUGAAGAUGGAGGUGGCGCAGCUCCGGAAGGAGGCGAAGCUGCAGAGGCAGCAGAAUGAAAUAACAUUAGGGAAGUGCUGUGGGCUUCCCUCUGCCCAUGGAGGUCUCCUGGGGACUGGCUGGGAAGGUUGGCCAGAGUGCCCUGCACAAGCGAAGUCUCCUCAUUCUGUUUCCAAGUGUUCCGAAGAAAUCAAGAAGUACAUCGAGGCGCGCUGUGGUGAAGACCCUCUGGUGAAGGGCAUCCCGGAAGACAAGAAUCCGUACAAGGAGAAAGCAGGCUGCACGAUCUCCUGAGCGGCUCCCCCCUCCCCCGCCCCGGCUGCCAGCCAAGGUCAAGGCCAAGGCCAAGGCCAAGGCGGCUCUGCCCAGACCUUAGGUUCCCCCGGACAUAGUCACAAGUGUGUGUUUCCUCGCGGCUUUGCAGGGAAACGCUAAAGCUCUGGCCCUAUGAUUCCGGCGGCUCCAGAAGCGGAUUCUGGAAGUCUUCCCGACCCUCGCCCCUGGGCUGCCGAAAGAGGCGCCGGCUCCGACAACGCUCUGCUGGGGAGCAGCCCCGCCCACGCCUCCAGUCCUCCUUUCCCUCAAUAAAGCUCUGUCCCCCCUUUUCA